AUGUCCUCCACAUACCUCACUGUUCCUACUAUCGGCGUCGAGAUGCCCCUGUCUCCGCCUUGCAAGUCCGCUCGCCGCGCUCCCCAGCCCGUGCGCAUGGUCCUCGAGUCCACUGCCAAGGUUGCCCCGAAGGCCCUGGGUCAGCGUCUCCGCGUCGGUCUCCUGAAGCAAAAAGCCAGUGCCGAGCCCGAGGGCCUCUCGGACUGCUACACUGUCAAGCCAUUCGCUCCCGGACCGAUCGACGUGGCGUACAGUAGCAGCGCUGGAUGCCCGUUGAUCCCGCUGGCCGUCGCCCAGCAGCGGUACGAUAUCUCUCAUCGUGGCUUUGAACUGUCCAGUGAGAUCCCCUGCGGCUCGUUCUCUAUUGGGUGCGAGCUGCUUUCUCUGCAUGUUGCCCAGGUUCGCCACGGUGUUCGGCCGAGUGCGUUCCUGUGA